AGCGGUUCAAUGGUCAUCCGACCUGUAAAUGUCUAGAGGUAAGAUCUCGCUGCUCAUCUCGAAGUCAUGGAGUUGACCGUAAGUUUAUUAAGUAAAUCAUAGUUUCACUUUAAAGUGCGAAUUGUGUGGACUCCAGAGUUUGUGGCAGAGUGAUUCAUUUUCCGUUAUGUGACCGCCAUGAUCUGGAAUAAAGAAAUACCUAGCCGUGAUCCUUGUUCAAAAUUUUAACUCUUCGGAGUUAGAAUGAAUACUGUGAAACUGAAACCUUAUAAUUCACUGAACGUUGCUCCCUUAAAGUGUGACUCUCUUGAAAAAUAUAACAAAAAUAUUCAGUGUACAGCUGGUUGGAUAACAACUAACCUACGUGUUUGCGAGAUGAUUUGUCGUUGCCCCACAGUAUAUUCUGCUCUAAAGUGAAAUUUAACGUCAGUGUUUGAGGUAGGCUGUUCAUGCAGAUACUGUGAAGAAGCAGCGUAGGGAAAACAUGUAAAGACGCCACGUUCGGUGACCGGGUUUUGGUUCCCGCCCAUCAUAUUUUUGGCAAUAUGACAGUGGCUGCGCUCCUUUCGCAGAUAUAAUACUGUGCUGUGAAAGAACUGACAGCAAGAUGGGGAAGUUAUUGUCAAAAAUUUUUGGCAAUAAGGAGAUGAGGAUAUUGAUGUUAGGAUUAGAUGCUGCUGGAAAAACAACUAUUCUGUACAAACUUAAAUUGGGUCAGUCAGUCACAACAAUUCCUACUGUUGGAUUUAACGUGGAAACAGUGACAUACAAAAAUGUUAAGUUCAAUGUUUGGGAUGUUGGAGGACAAGACAAAAUACGUCCAUUAUGGAGACACUACUACACGGGCACGCAAGGUCUUAUAUUCGUUGUUGAUUGUGCUGAUAGAGACAGAAUUGAUGAAGCAAGACAAGAGCUUCAUAGGAUAAUAAAUGACAGGGAAAUGAGAGAUGCAAUCAUACUAAUAUUUGCAAAUAAGCAGGACCUUCCAGAUGCUAUGAAACCUCAUGAAAUCCAGGAAAAACUGGGACUCACUCGAAUAAGAGAUCGUAAUUGGUAUGUCCAACCCUCAUGUGCGACUACAGGGGAUGGCCUGUAUGAAGGACUUACGUGGCUGACCUCAAAUCAUAAGUUAUGAACCUGCCUGUCUCUUUUCUUAGAAGAUUUAUUAUAUUCAGUUUGAGUCCACCACAAUAAAUAAUUGAAUGUGACGGUAUGGUUGACAGAGCUUUAGCUUCAAGCUGUGUAUCAACGUGUGUGCUUGUGGAAGUCCAUAAAAGAAGUCUCAGAUAUGUGAAACAUGCUGCGUAUUGAAACAAAACUGUUAGUUCCUUCAAUGUAGGGACCUAAAUUAUAUAUAUACAAUUUUAUUCUGUGGUGAAAGAUAGUGCUGGUCGUUCCAGUGUCAUGCAUAAUGGUUCAACCUAAAUGUCUAAGAAACUGGAAUUCUAACUGUAAAAGAACAAAUAUUAUUAUAUUGUUAGAGUAAACAGAUUGCAGAUAUAGUUGUAUGUACUUGGGUUAGUUGGAUGGAUUCUCUCUUGUGAUAAUGUUGGGAGAAAGUGGUUUUGUUUUCAUACGUGUAACCAAAUUUCCAAGUGGCCUUAGAAAGUUGAAACUCUCAUUUUUCCACUAUCAUUAGUGGGUUAAAAUAAAAGUACUUACCUGAAAGUACUUUUGUUUUAUAAUGACUGUUACUGUAUCUCUAAAUUUUGUGCUAUUUUAUUUAGGAAGGUAAAACCUUUCAAAUUCUAACUUCCGUAAAUUGUCAUGCGUGUAAAUUCAGAAUCUUAAUACAGUAGUUAAGCAGUAUUCCUCCUAUCUAUCCCAGUUUCUGAAUUUUCCCAGUUGUGGAUCUCUAUUCUCUCUUGUCAUUGAAAUGUAAUCUGUUGUUACAGUGUAACAAAAAAUUUAAUAUUAUUUCAUUUAUUAUGUUACAAAACUGUGAAGCACAAUUAAAAGUUAUGAACUCUUACUAUCUCAUCGACUGUUGCUAUCAAGAGGUUAGCUAUUAAAAAAAAAAUGAUAAUUUGAAUGAAGACAUUUUGGAUUCCUCCAAGUGAAUUUUUUUCUUUUCCCAUUGCAGAGAAUUUUUAGAAAUAUUUAUUAGACUUAUGAUCAUAAAUCAGUGUUUGGGAUUUGUGUGUUAAAAGUGUGUUUGCUCUCGUGCACCACACGUCUUUGCAUUGUUAUUUUGAGAUAAACAUAUAUGAAUGCACAGACUGGCCCCUCCUGUGUUGGUUACAUUGUGCAUUAACUCAAGUAUGUUUCUCACCACUCAGCAAUUGUGUGUGUGUUUAAAUUUUCAGUUCUUACCAGCAAUUAAAUUAGUAUUUUAGCUUGCGUCUCCAGUAAAAUGUCUAAAAUAACCUUUUUCAGGAGAACAUUCCCUAGGUCGUUUCUGAAUGUAUGCUGGAGACUAUCUGUAUUAAAACUUAUUUUAAUAAUGUUUCCUACAUUGUUGAAGGUAGCAAGUGGUCUCAUAUAAUGUUAUGUCUUAAGCAAUGUUCUUCUUCUAAACUUUCUUUAAAAAUAUGCAGUCCGAAAAGUGCCAUCUCACCAAGAUUCUAUUUGUGUAGAAAUAACAUCCUGACAUUGAAAAUGUGUAUUGAAAUUCAUUCAUGUUGAAACCAUAUCCAGUGCUGCUCUGUUUAUAUUUCUGUUCUGAGCAAGAGAGAUUUGCUACCAUAAUUUGUUACAAUACUCUGCUAAGAGUUAUCAGUCUGAAGGUUGAAUGAUACCUAACGUUAGAAAUAUAAGAUGUUGCCAUUAAGAGUAAUCAGAUUUUCACAAAGUCCGUAGAACACAAAUUGAUAUAUUUCUGAGGUACUGAGCAUAUGUUUCAGCUUAUAAAGCCAAAAAAUUCGCCUAAGAGUAACUGUUGUUAUAUGCAAAGGUUUGCUGUAGAAAAUCAGUCUGUCCUUUUUGGUCCAGGAUGGACAUAAACAACACAUGGAAGAGAGAGGAAGCUGUUGCAUCCGCAUAGUGCCAAUUUGGCAUGAAGUACUUGUUAGUAUCAAUUUAUUGGGAGCUCUAGAAAACUUUUACUUUGAAAGCAUACAAAUUAUUUCUGCAGUUUGUUAUUUUAUGCUCAUUUUGCAUAACUCAGUAACGUGUAAACAAGCAACCAUUCCUGAUCUUUGUAUUUAACGUGGCUUCCCUGGUACAGCAAGUUAAUUCAUCAGUUAACACAUCAGAUGUAGUGUACACUGUCAAGUUUUCAUUCAGUAAUUGCCACACUAUACCUAGUGAUGCUUAGAUUCUUACCUUUGCUGUACAAAAUACAUGUUAGGUGAGCUCUUCCCCUUUUCAGAGGAUGAGGCUCAUUACCUUCUUAUAAGAGAUAAGUAUAAUUCUUUCUCAGCUAUGGCUCAUCUGUAUAAACUUUUUUCACUUACCAUAAUUGUCCCGAAAUGCAAGAGAACAUAGUACAGAGCUUCCUUUCAGUAGGACAUCUGAUGUUUUGCUUAACCUGGAAGCCAAAUACAUAUCUCGCAAAGAACAACAAAUGUUUUACUUAUGAUGCAUUCAACAUGAUCACCCCUGGCACACAAAUCAUACAUUCCUUAUUGCUGUGUAAGUUUUUGAAUCAUGAGACAAGCAAAUAAAGAUAUAAUUAUGUAAUAGAAUGUCGAGUGAAUUUCCGAGGCUAUUUCAAGUUUUUCUCCGUGGAGAAAUGAAAUGGGGCAAAGACAUUUUAUGUAAGUUUUAUGGCACUCUGUGAAAUAAGUUCUUUGUAUUCUUUGUUAUACGAGAUAAAGGUACCUUAUGUAUUUGUAAGAGUAAAUGAUUUACGCUGUUUAGCAUGUACAGUUUAUGAAUUGAUGAUGAGGUAUUUCAUGGACCAUUACACUUGAAACAUUUCCAUAUAUUUUCCCUUUUAUUAAAGUUAGUCACAAUUAUGUAGUGUAUUAUCGAUACUGCCUCAUUUGAUGUUUUUAGUUACAGUUUCACGACUUAAACUACUGUUAUGGCUAUCAGUGCAUGUUCCAAAUCUGAAGGCUUUUUCUUUUCCUUAAUGUGCCUUGAAGACACUGCCAAAAAUAUCUUAGAAGACUGUAGAUCAUUUUGUUCAUUGCAUUGAAAUGAACAUGGAAACUUCUUAUAGCAUGUUAUUGCUGACAUCGAGAAAUCUUUGUGUAUUGAAAAGAUUGCUUACUAGACAUGCUUUGUAGUUAAGAGAGUAUCAUGGUGAAUUUGUAUUUUACAGUAGUACUUUGGAAGUGCUGUUACAUAUGCCCAGUUUAUAGAAAGAGAAAGUUGCAAAAUUACUGGGAGGUUGCUGUAUAACAAGUUAAGAAUGUUGCAGCCAAUGUAAAUGAUAAAUGAUGAAAUUUUCAAACUCACAGGCUGAGGACCAAUGUUGCUGUAUCCCAGAUCGGCCAUUUUGCAGAGAACUGUAGUAGGCAUAUUUCGAUGGCCAGAGUAACACUUUUGGAGUAGGCUACUAUACUUAAAGAUAAGUUAUGGGGUAUGGGCUUCCAGACUAGGUGUCAAUAGCCUACUCAGAACAUUUCAUGUAGCUAUUGUCCAGUGUCCAUGGUAGCUGUAGGAGGUCAGUGCCCUAUUUCAAUAGUGACACUACAUCACGUAUUGGACAUGUGUGAGUUAAUAUCGGCCACACUUAGUGAUUCCCCCUCCCCUCGUAUUGCAUAUCCUUCAAGCGUGGGAAGGAAGUCGUAAUGAUGAAUCUCUACUUAAUCGUCAGACUUCUUAUAUUUCAUUGUAAAACUGAUUUCAGUUCAUGAGAUGUAUUUUCCAGUGUCAGUCUUUCAUUGUGCUUCACAUAAGCAAAUUCCAUGUUCAGUGACGGAGAAAUAGAAAGUCAAAGAUAAAGAAAAAGGGCAACUUUCUAGUGGUAAACUGAAAUGCUUACAGAGAGAUUUGCUGGGUUUUGUUCAAAAGGCUACUUGUUAUGGCUUCUUGUAGUGUUCUAAGCUGGGUGUUACACAGUAAUUUUCAUUCUGGUGCUCAUUUAAUUUUUUUUUUUUUUUUUUUUGUUACAUUUCACAAAUGCUAACUAUUAACUAAUUUCACUGUUCUUAAUUUCAAAAUGGGUCAUGAAGCAAUAACUUAUAUAGGCAAGGCAGUCUACUUGAAUUUUGGCAAUAUUAGGUUCAAACAAGUAUAAUUUAGUAGAACAACUGUAUUGUUGCUUUUUAUUCAUCUCUUCUUUUGUAUAGCACAUAAGUUUUACUAUGCUGGUAUUUUUAAACUACCAUCUCUAGUAUCACAUUACAUUCUCUCAUUGUGUUUCAAUGAGUUGACGUGAGUAUGUAUGUAUCUUUUGUGUACAUCUUCCUGUUAAUUGAGAUGUGUGUCUGAAUGGCUACAUCACAUUAUAGUCUCAUUCAGGAGACUGUAGCAACAAAGCUGCCUAGCUGUUCCAAGCCAAACUUCUAGCAAUAAAUUCAUGUUUUAACUGACAUAAGGAACAGAAAGAAAACUGAAAAUAAUAGUGAAUGAAAAUGUGCUAUUGCCAUAGUGGAUAAGUUAUCUAAGUUUAGUAUUGAGAUUUGUGGGCUAUAGAGCAGAUAUCACAGUGCUGUGUGGGUGAAUCUGCACUGUUAAUGCACAAUAAUUGUAUUAAAUGUGCCCACAGGAGGGUUCAAAAUCCAAUAAAUUUUAAUUUUGUUGCUACUUCAUUUUAGCACACUGGAGGUACAGAAAAGUUGCACUGUAUGUUUACUCAUCUAUGAGUCUGAUAGUUUGAUGCUACUUUCUCCAGAUUGCUUAACUUAACUUGGCAACAUACUAAUAGCAGAAUGUUCCAAACUGUAUUUAGUUCGGAUAUAUCGACAGUAUUUAGAAUUGUUGUAAAACACAAUUGUUUAUGUUGUUCCAUUGUCUAGUUAAUCAGAAUUUUAACUGAUUUGCUGUUCUUUUUUAAAUUGUAAUUGUCCCAUUUCCCUCCUCAUCCCUGCUCCAACUCCCUUACCUUACAUACACCUUUUUCUAGUGUCCUUAAAUUUGUAUACCAAUUUACAAAAUGUUUCACAUUUGCUAUCUUGCAAUGAGUAGGGAUUUUUACUGAAUUUUUGUGCUAUUAUACAUUAGUUCGAUAAGCUGAUAUACAGUUGCCUUCAUAAAAUAUGCUGUAUCAUUUCAUAGUAUAUUCAUCUUUUAUGUUAACUCACAAAGAUAAUUCAUUUAUUAUUAUGUCAAUUCAUAUUGCUGUGUAAGUCAAGCAACAAAACAAUGUAAAGCAAAUACAACUAAUUUAUUUGUAUAUUUCAUUCCUAAUAUUAGUGUUGUAUACAUGCUUAAUUUUGAUAUUUUAUGCAUCAAACCUGCCAUUACAGAUGAGCACAAAUAUAAACAAGUAAAGUUCAUUUUCAUGUUUUAAAAAUUUUAUAUCGAUUAUGCAAGACACACUCAAAUGAAAUUUGGUUGCUCAGUUGUAAAAACUUAAUUUCUUGGCAAAUUGUUAUUUUUAUUGUUGUGUUAAGACACGAAUUGUUCUGUGAUUGUUAAUUUAAAGGAAAAAUAAGAGAUUUAUGUGAAGAGUGAGUAAUCUGUUAAAAUGUAAAAUGUAAGACCACUGUAUGAUUUAUAGCAUCAUAACAGUUUCUAUGUUGUAUUUAUUGUCAUGUUCUUUCUCAUUUUUUCUUACAGUAUAUUGUCAGUCAUCCCUAGUUUCGUAGAAAACACUGUGCAUUGAAGGGAAAGAGCUUCAUAUUUAAAGUGUAUUGUAGUUGGUAGCAGUUAAUUCAUUAAAGGCACAUUCCUCCAACAGCUAAUCUACUGGCUUCAGUGAAGCUACAGUUAGUAGUGUAAGGUAAUUUAUCAUCUUCUGUAAGUCCAUUUUGUUCUCCAGUAUGCAUGUGAACAGUACUUGUUGAGAUCUUGAUAUGAGGUGUAUGAUGGUAAAGUGUAUAAAAGAAGAUAUUAACUGCUGUAUGUGAAUAUUGUACAAAAAGAAAUUACAUAAAAUGUUAACUUUUUUGA